AAAGACACCAUUAUUCAACUCCCAAACAUAGCAUUAAAAAAACGAAAAAAAGAGAAUGCCCUUUCCGUCGCUUGACUCGGGUCAUCCUCCUCUUCUCAUCACCUCCUUUCUCGCCUCUUUUUGUCUCUCUUCACCCCCGUUCUCUCUGGCCCAACCUCAAAAAUGGAAUCCACCCAUGUGAACUGGGAAACCCUAGAUUCCCUCAUCAUAGACUUCGCCAGAUCCGAGAAUCUUCUAGAAGAUUCCUCCUCCUCCUCUCCCCCUCCCUCUCCUUCCUCCUCCCCUUCCUCCUCCUCCUCCUCCUCCUACCGAUCUCGCCUCCUCAUUCACCAGAUCCGGCGCUCGAUAGAGUCUGGCGACAUCGAAUCCGCCCUUAAUUUUAUCAAGAGCCACGUGCCGGCGGUGCUCGAUGACCAUCGGAUUCUCUUCCGACUUCACAAGCAGAAAUUUAUUGAGCUGCUGAGGAGAGGGACGAAGAGGGACAGGGAUUUGGCGAUUGAGUGCGCUCGUGGCUCUCUUGCUCCUUGUGCCCUAGAUGCUUAUCCGGAAGCUUAUGAGGAAUUCAAGCAUGUCCUGCUAGCACUGAUAUAUCACGAAAAAGACCAGAUGUCUCCAGUGGCAAAUGAGUGGUCUGAGAAACAGAGGUUUGAUCUUGCUGGAUUGAUGGCUUCCAUAUUAAGAGCAUUUUUACAGGCCUAUGAUCCACUUUUUUCGAUGACCUUGCGAUACUUAAUAAGUAUCCACAAAGUGUAUUGUCUUCGGCAAGGUGUUUCCUCUCCGAUAUCAGAUCUUACUGAGAGGUUGCUUUUUGAUGAUCGUGACCCACCUGCAACUCCUCAGGAAAGUUUGUUCGAGGCACCACCAUUUGAUGAGGUUGAUAUACAAGCCCUCGCACAUGCUGUAGAGGUAACCAGGCAAGGAGCAAUUGAUAGCCUAAGAUUUGCCAAGGGAGAUUUAUUUCAGGCAUUUCAGAACGAAUUGUGCCGGAGGAGACUGGAUGUGUCAGGGCUUGAUCAUCUUGUCCACGAGUACUGCAUGUACAGAGGAAUAGUUGAUAGUGCUACUAAGCCUCCAUCAGCAAUGAACCUCGCAAACAGCUCAUCAAGGGACUGUUCUGUUAACUUAGACUCUGUGAAUUGCAAGCUUUCUGAUGGUGAAACCUCUGUUAGUAAUGUUGAUGCUAUAUGUGUCCAAGAAGCUAAUGCUGAAUCUGCAAGCAUGCAAGUUACUGAUGUUGAAAUGAGAUUUGCGUCGGAAGUGUCGAGCAGUCAUGAAGAUUGUAGCACCAGUGAUGCUAAUCAUUCACAAAGUUGUUCUAGAAGGCUGAGGAGGCGAUGCCAUUCAGAUGGAAGGAGGCGUAAGAGAUGGAGAGGGCGAAUUGAUAGGUCAGAACUAACAUGUGAUGUUCCAUCUUCUGAAACAAGUAGCAAAGGGUUGAUGACUUCAGAUAAGGGUAGUAGUGAUUGUAAACUUGGGGAAGAGCAGGCCUCCAGCUACAGUUCCUCCUUGGAAAAUGUUAACAUUUAUGACGAUAACAAGCUUGAGGUCGUGUUAGAAAUGAAAGAAUUGGCUAACAAAGGAUUGGCUGCUGAAGUUGUUGAGGAAGUGAACGCUUUAGAUCCAGACUUCUUUCAUCAAAAUCCUAUUCUAUAUUUCCAAUUAAAGCAGGUUGAAUUUCUUAAUUUGGUUAAUGGUGGUGAUCUUGCCAUGGCUCUGAAAGUUGCUAGCACUCAUUUAGGUCCUUUGGCUGCAAGCAAUCGAGCUUUGAUGAAGCCCUUAAAGGAAACUUUAUUGGCUGUACUUAAUUCUAAUGAAGCAGCUGCCAAAGCAUUCCCCUUAUCUGCACUGGCAACUUCUCUCCAGGUUGCUAUCGGUAGGAGGUUGGGCAUUGAAGAACCUCAACUGAUGAAAGUAAUGAGAGUAACUCUGCAUACACACAAUGAAUGGUUCAAGCUUCAAAUGUGCAAAGACCGUUUUGAGGAAUUACUAAAGAUUGAUCGCCUAAAAGAAGUUGAUGCACCUAUGGAGGGUGAUGGUACACCCAAGCUGCAUUCAGAUAAUUGUACUCAUGGAUCUUCUCAAACUACCAUAUGCUCAACCAGCAAGUUAGAAGACGGCAGCAGUCCAUCACAAGUCUCUUCGAGUGAAUAUGUUUGUGAUGAAGGUGCAAUACUAAAAGUCAUGGAAUUCCUUGCAUUGCCAAGAGCUGAUGCCAUCCAUCUCCUCAUGCAGAACAACGGGAAUGCUGAGACCGUCAUCCAGCAAAUAUUUUCGUAAUUAGGAAUGUACAGUUGUUACUCAAGUUCUCUAUUCAAAUUGAACUUGCCAUCACUAUAAAUUUUCCCUUUUCUUUAGUCACACCUUUUGGUUGUGCCACUGGUGUUUUCUUCCACCGGGAAAAUGUAAAUCUGUGUUUAUUUGCAUUGGGAUUUAUGGGUCUUGUGUACAGUGUUCUUUCAGGUGGGUUUUUCUUAAAUUAAAAAAGAAAAAAAAAGAAAAAACUUUCAGGCUAGGCCUCUGUUUUUUGGGGGAAAUGACUAGACCUCUGUUGUAUGUGUUUUUUGGUUGUCGGAUUGUACUUAUACCCACGUUACAAGAAUAAUACAACAGACACGGUGAAAGUUGCUUCA